AUGACGGCCCGGCCCUGGUGCUAUGGAGCUUUUCCUCCGAUGUCCAUGGACCGGUAUCCCGGCAUCCCAGUAUCCCGGCAUCCCAGUAUCCCGUCAUCCCAGUAUUUCGUCAUCCAGUAUCCCGCGCAUCCAUUAUUCCGUCAUCCCAGUAUCCCGGCAUCCCAGCAUCCCUCCAUCACGGCAUCCCAUCAACCAGGCCUUCCCGUACCCCAGAAUCUGAGCAUCCUUACACCAUCUAGGAAUCCCGGUAGGCCAACAUCCCUUCAUCCCAACCUCCAGGGAUCCCGCAUCCCAGUAUCCCGCACUACUAACAUCCCAGCAUCCAGAUAUCCCACUAUCCUAACCUCAUGGAUACAACAUCCCAGUAUCCCGCACUCCUCACAUCCCACCAUCCAAACAUCCCAGUAUCCUAACCUCAUGGAUACAACAUCCCAGCCUCUAACCUCCAUGCAUCCCAGUAUCCCGCACUCCUCACAUCCCAGUAUCCCAGUAUCCCGCACUCCUCACAUCCCAGUAUCCCUCAUUCCUAACAUCACAGCAUCCAAUUAUCCCAUAUCUAACAUCCAGCAUCCCAGUAUCCUAACCUCAUGGAAACAACAUCCCAGUAUCCCUCACUCCUCACAUCCCAGCAUCCAAACAUCCCACUAUCCUAACCUCAUGGAUACAACAUCCCAGCCUCUAACCUCCAUGCAUCCCGCCAUCACAGCAUCCCGCUAUCAGGAGAAGCUGUUGGAGGACCAGUGA